UUAAAGGAUAUGCAUGUUUCCUGAACCAGAACGUUAAAUAAAACUUUAGACAAAAGAGUGGCUAAGCUUUGACUUCCCUCGACUGUUCUGGCUCCAUAUAGCUAGCUGGAAAACCAUCCAACUCCUAAUGGUCAUCUUUUCUGCCUUGUCCUGGUGAAGAUGAUACCUGUCUUGCCUCUGAACUUUGCUGUACUUCUCAUCUUCUGGUUGCCUGUGGUGCACUUCCUUGAAACUUGCAAUGUGACUAUCCACCCUGAGGCACCUGUUGUGGAAUUUGGAGGUUCUGUGAAUCUGAACUGCACAACUACGUGUGCUAACUACACCCAGUUGGACUGGGAGGUGUCUGUUGGAGGAGGAAUCCAGAAGGGCGAUGGGUGGAUUUCUCUAAACAUCACCAAUGUGUCUGAAUGGGAACUUCAACCUAUAUGCAUAGUCCAAAGAACAGGCUUUGAUUCCUUAGACACCAAUGUGAUCAUCUAUGUUUACCAGUUCUCAACCCCAGAUAUCUACCUUACUUCCAAGAUUGUGGCUAAUCACCGGGAGAAAAUUGUAUGCAGCAUCCCGAGUUUGAAAGUGAGAGGUUCCAGCUCCCCAUCUAAUGUCAGCAUCUUCCUGAAAAGGGGCAGUAAUAUCCUGAAGUGGGACCGCAACAUCUCUGUGGAGUACAGCUUUUUGGCUAAACCUCAGGAGGAUGGGGAUGUCAUUCUCUGUGAAGCCAACCUCCAGGUGGGCUCAGAAGUACUGCAAAAAAGUGCAAACAGAACCUUGAAGGUUGUGGCCAGUCCGUACAAUGUGAACAUCUCAACAAAUUUCAAGGUGUACAAAACCGGUGCACCCCUUGUGGUGAAGUGCCAUGCAGAGGGAAAGCCCUUUCCAGAGUUUUCAUGGGAUCUCCCCUCCCAGACUGGCCUGGAGUACUCAGAUAGCAAUAAGACCAUCACAAUCCCUUCAGCGCAAAAAUACCACAAUGGGACUUACCGAUGUCUAGUACAUAAUGUCUAUGGCAAUGGCUCGACAGAGGUUGACAUUCUGUAUGAAGAGGUGCCUCGCAGCUGGGUUGCAGUCUGGGUGUCGUUGUUGGUCGUGGGCAUCCUGGGCAUCUUGUGCAUCAUUUACUACUACCAAAAAGGAAGAUGAUCAUUGGGGAAGAAAGUGAGCCUCAAAGAAACUGUUUUUGGCACAAUGGAGACUGCUGAAAGAUCCAUUUCUUAGCAAGCCCCUACAGAAGCAACCAAGAGAGGGAAUAAUUUACUGUGAUUCAGGACAUGACAGCACUCGGCAGAAACUGGAUGACAGCCUGAAAGCACAUGAAUUCCAUUAAUCUGCUACUAGCUGAAGACAAAAUCAGGGAAUGCUGCUGUGAACAGCAGUGGUGCAGCUAGCCGCUCGGGCAGCUGCAGGUGGGCAUUCUGCCCAGGGGGUGCAAUCUGCACACCGGAUC